UCCGACGGACGAGCUGUAGGUUGCGGUUGUAAUGACGUUUAUUAAUAUUUUUAUUAGAAAAUAUACCAAUUAGAACGUUAUUUGUCGCUUAAACUUUGUGUUAUAAAGUAGAUGAGGUGAUUUGCGAUAAAGUUUUGUUAAAAACCGGUAAUACCGUAAAGACUACUGUAUAACCUCUUCGUCUGGACAAUCUAUAAUCUUUCUCGUAAUUGAAGCUAAAAAUUCUUCAGCUCGCGAUAAAUGAAAGUGUUGUUUACAUUCCGUGAAGUGUAUGGUGUGCGAAUCCUACGCGUUGUGUGUACGAAUCUGUCGUUAAGCAGUUACGUGCUGGAAAAAUGUGUAAUCGAGAAGCUUUGUGUUUAAAAUGAGUGUAAAUUCGUGUAAUCCAAUUACAAAGUGUAUUUGUUGUAUUUGUGCUGGAAUGUUGCCGUAGGAGUGCAAUGUCCAGGCUCGUCGACUACUUCGUUAUUGUGGGCUUCGACCACGAGAAGGAGAGGGGCGGUCUGAACAGCGGCGUUGUCCUUCAACGGUUUCCCGAGAUCAACUGGGACGACACACCCUUCCACGACGGUAUAGGAUGGUUCUGCCAGCCGCAAGGAUGGGCGCUCUCGACAGAACGGACAGAGCCCCGGUUCUACGUGUCUGUCCUGACAGAUGUGGACGCCAACCGUCAUUACUGCGCCUGCUUAUGCUUCAACGAGACCGUCGCCAUAACACCCACCAAGCCCGCAGACGAGGACGAAGAAUCAUUAGAAUCGACGCGUCCAGUUCCGAAUAUCACCCACCACAGCAUCAUGUACGCUCCCAAAUGCCUCGUCAUCGUAUCGAGGCAGGACUACAUCGAUACCUUCAGGAACUGCCUGGGUAUAAUCUACACAGUAUGGGUGGAGAACUUGGGCGUGCCUCUAGAGACGUUGGUCGGUAACUUGGUGGGCGGCGUGCUGGUGCCGGACCCUGGCGGGCCGCAGGUGCGGUUCAGCAUCGGAGCUGGGGACCGCCAGGCUCUACAACCUCCCGCCGCGCCGCCCAUGCCAGUUACACACACCGCUGUUUAUAUGCUGUUGAGGUUGCUUGGUAUACACAACUCAGUAACACUAUGGUGUGCAGUGAUGAGUGAGCACAAAGUCCUCCUGGUCUCCUUGGCAGCAGCUCGACUGGCGGCAGCUUGCAGAGCUCUGGCGGCGUUGAUGUUCCCAUUCAGAUACGCCCAUGUCUACAUACCUCUGCUGCCAGCCGGUCUAGCUGAAGUACUCGCCACACCGACGCCGUUUCUUAUCGGAGUCCAUUCCAGUUUAAAAGAGGAGGUCUCGGAAUUGUUGGACGUUAUAGUAGCAGAUUUAGACGUAGGCUCUCUCCACAUACCGGCUGGUGUAAACAUUCCCCGUCCAGAAGGCAAGCUGCUCUCGUCACUGCAGGAAGCACUAGCGCUGGUGUUACAGCCGGAGCUUCGGUCCGCAGACUCGGCCUUCGCCCCACCACCACCAGCCUCGUCCCCACCACAUAUGCUAGAUAAGGAGAUCAGGGCUGUGUUCAUGAGGACCUUGGCGAAACUGCUGCAGGGAUAUAGACAUUGCUUAACAAUAAUCCGCAUCCACCCGUCUCCCGUCCUAACGUUCCACAAGAUGGGUUUCCUGGGCGCCCGCGGUCUGUCGCAGUGUCAGUUCGCGGUGCGACUGCUGGACUCCAUGUUCUUCAACGGUCUGGUGGCUGAACGAGGUCCGCCUUGGAGAGCCACCGAUAUAUGGGAUGAGCUUGUACAAAAUCUUCCAGAACAAGUUCGGUUGGAAUCUCUGAACCCUGAGCUGGAGUUGCAACACAUACAGGACUUGGCCAUGCAGUUACAUCUCAAUGAAAAUCCGAAUCCUCAGGCGUUCCAGCAGCGCAUCCUCCGUCCCCCAGAGGGCGCGUCGUCCCGCAUCCACCAGCCCCCCCUGCCCGCACUGGACGCGGCGCGGGUCAGGGAUGUCAUGAGGGAGGUCGCGCAGAGGAGUGCUGCCAAUCCCAAACUGUCAGCUCUCCGGCCCGUCCAGUCCCGUAUCGUAGCUCCGGGCGCGCCCCCUACUGGGGCCGCUGACUAUGGACAUCUACUGCUCACCAACUCUGCUAGGAGACUCGAGGUGUUACGGUCGUGUAUAGCCGCAAUAUUCGAGUGUCGCUACGCGGACGCGCGCAAGUCUCUGCCGGGCGUCGUCCGCGCGCUGCGGGCCGCGGGCGCGCGCGCCGCGCUCGUGCGGGACCUGGCCGCCAGGCUGCCCAGCAACAAGCAUCUACUGCAUCAUCACCAGUUCGAGCUCGUCGUCAGGCUAAUGAACUGCGCGCUGCAGUCGGCGACGGCGCUGGACGAGCAUACCAUCGCGGCGGCCAUGUUGCCUCUCGCCACAGCGUACUGCAGGAAGCUCUGCACCGGAGUCAUACAAUACGCUUACAUGUGCAUACAGGAACAUCAAGUAUGGACAAGCCAGCAGUUCUGGGAGGCGGCGUUCUACCAGGACGUGCAGAGGGACAUCAAGGCUUUAUAUCUACCUAAUCCCACACACCAUCAGCGAGUGCCCAGCCCUAGUCUUGACUCAUAUUCCAGAGACGACGAGGAAUACAUAUCCCUAUUAAAAGCUCAGGAGCCGAGUGCGUUGGAGAUUGCAGCCGAACAAAUGAGGCUGUGGCCCAGUUUAGCACCAGAAAAACAACGAGAAUUAAUAGCAAGCGAAGAGUCGACGUUGUACAGUCAGGCGAUACACUACGCGAACAGAAUGGUGUACUUAUUACUGCCCCUAGAGGGCGCCGGCAGACGCGCUGACGUCAGGGGAGACGACGCCGACAGGGCUAGCAAUAGUAUUACUAAUAGUGUCGCUGAAUCGGACAGCGUGGAUGCGGAGUCCGGGUUCGAGGAAGCAGACCCGGGCGAGGCUGGCAAUAAUGUUAUCAAAAUGGUCUCCCGAUUUGUUGAUAAGGUGUGUACGGAGGGCGGUGUGACAGCAGAGCACGUUCGCUGCUUACACCAGAUGAUACCAGGAGUCGUGCAUAUGCAUCUAGAGACGUUAGAUGCAGUUGCUAGAGAAAGUAGAAGAUUACCACCCGUCCAAAAGCCUAGAAUAGUGGCCCCAGCGCUAGUCCCUGGUGAGACAGUAACAGUUCCGGCGUUACGCGCCUACUUAGUCAGUGAUGGUCGAAACACUGCGCUACUGCCGGCAGAGGGCGCUCUAUUCCUCACUAACUAUAGACUCAUAUUUAAAGGCACACCUACUGAUCCUUAUGCUUGCGAGCAGACGGUGGUGAGAUCGUUCCCUGUAUGUUCGUUGACGCGAGAGAAACAAGUUCGAACCCACUAUCUGCCUCACUUGGAACAGUCGCUACAAGAGGGCCUGCAACUUAGAUCGGCAACAUUCCAAUUGAUCAAGGUGGCCCUGGACGAGGAGGUGAGCAGCGAGGCGGUGGAGUCGUUCCGCAAGCAAGUGGCGCGCCUGCGGCACCCCGACCACGUCCUGCUACACUUCGCGCUCGCGCCGCGCUCCGCGCCCCCCGCGCCCCACGCCAUGCCCAAGCAUCACACGCUCAAAGGUUUUGCAAAGAAGACCCUGCUGAAGACAGCGCGGCGCGCCGGUCUGAAGCCGAAGCCGUCGAAGCGCCAGAAGUACGUGCUGCCGUCGGCGGACGCGCGCUCGCUGACGUCACCGCCGCUCAUGUCGUCGCUGUCCGCCGACACGCUCUCCUUGGAGGAGCUGGAGCUGGGCGCGUGCGAGGGCGCGGAGAGGCCGGCGGCGGCGCGCACGCUGGAGCGGCUGCGCGAGCGGCGGUACGCGCGCGACUGGGCGCGCCUCGGACUCGCACACGCGCCCUUCCGACUCGCGCACGCCAACGCCGUCUACACGCUGUGCAGGAGCUACCCGGCCGUGAUCCCGGUGCCGGAGAGCUUCGGCGACGACUCCCUGCGGCGCGUGGCGCGCUGCUACCGCCAGGGCCGCCUGCCCGUACUCACCUGGAGACAUCCGCGGACACACGCCCUGCUCGCCAGAUCUGCAGCCCCACAUCAUAAAGGAGUUAUGGGAAUGUUGAAGGCAAGUCACCAAACUCAGGGCAACACACAGAGUGGGACGGAAACUACAUCCAGUUUAGAACAGGAACGGUACCUAGCAACACUAGUUGCAUGCACGCCGGCGUCGCGCGGUGACCUGGAGGACUCGAGUUUGAGUCUCGACUCGCUACUUCUGUGCUGUGAGGACCAACGUGAGGCCACACAUACACCGCUACUGACUAAAGCUGCUGGGACACUGGGCGUAUUGGGUCGCAACAGCGGCGGCAAGGGCGGCGCGAGCUCGGCCCGACACUUCGGUCGCUGGGGGUCUCUCAAGGAUAGGAGGCAGACCUCGCAUCUAGACCUCUACGCGCCACGACAGAGACUCUCCACAGCUGAUGCUGACUCUGUAUGCGGCGAGGCGGCGGGCGCGCGUCGCGCGGCGCUGUACGUGGUGUGCGACAAGGGCGGCGCGGCGCCGGGCGCGGCGGGCGCCGAGCUGGUGCCGGCCGAGUACCCCGACGCGCGCGCCACCAAGCACGCCUUCAAGAAGCUCAUGCGCGCCGCCGUGCCCUCCGCCUCGCCCGCGCCAGACCAUCCCGGCUUCCUCAGAUUAAUAGAAGAGUCCGGCUGGCUAUGGCAGCUGAGACAGUUGUUCCAGCUGUCUGGAGCAGUAGUAGACCUGCUGGACCUGCAGGGAUCCUCCGUGCUACUGUCGCUGGAGGACGGGUGGGAUGCCACGGCACAGAUAUCAUCUCUAGCCCAGAUCUGCCUGGAACCGUACUACCGUACACUGGAGGGCUUCCGUAUCCUGGUGGAGAAGGAGUGGCUGGCGCUGGGACAUAAGUUCCAGCAGAGGUCCAACAUUGGGGCCACGCCACAACAGGGGUUCACGCCUACAUUCCUCAUGUUCUUGGAUGCUGUGCAUCAGCUGCAGAAACAGUUCCCCCUGGCGUUUGAGUUCAACGAGUACUACUUGCGCUUCGUGGCGUAUCACUGCGUGUCGUGUCGGUUCCGGUCCUUCCUGCUCGACAGCGAGGCGCAGAGGGCAGACCUUGGCAUCACUGCCGCUGAUGAUAAACGAGCUGAUACUAAUCGGAUGGUAUAUCUUUACGAGGCCGGUGGCGAGGCAGGUGCGGGAUCAGAAGAGGAAUGCGCGGGAGGGUCGUCCGGCCCUCGGGCCCCUACACUGGGACACUCACUGUUUGACUACAUAGACAGGCACCAUCAGAAGUCACCAAUCUUCUACAACUUCUUGUAUACGCCUGAUUUGGAUAAUCCAGUUCUCCGUCCAGUAUCGUCAAUAAGUGCUCUGGAAGUAUGGCAGUACUACACGAGCGAGGAACUGUCACACGGUGCUCCAUACGACCUGGAGGUCCUGGCGCCUGCAGAACCUGAGGCACGCCAUCCACAACGGAGGGUCGUUACUGCUGGCUACGAUAGCAUAGCCCGUAGCAUGCCGGAUUCGUUCACCGGCCUGUUGGAGAGGAUCAGACAGCUGGAGCUGGAGCUGGGACACCUGCCGCAGAAAUGGAGAGUUAGGUGGGACCAACUAGAACUGCCCAAUACUCUGGAGUUACAGCGCAACUCGUCGAUGUCGUCGGGCGUGGUCCGGCGCGCCACGCUGGCGGUCCACAAGCGCGGCACGCUGGAGGUGCUGGUGCGGGGCCGCCUGGCCGCCGCGCCCCCCGCGCCCGGCCCCGCGCCCGCGCCCCCCGCGCACCGCUGGGCCCCGGCCUCCGCCGCCGCCCCCGCGCGCUGCGACCACUGCCAGGACCUGCUGUGGGGACCGCUCAAGACGGGGGUGCGCUGCGUGGACUGCGGCGCGUCGUGCCACGAGCGCUGCGCGGAGGCGUGGGCCCCGCCCUGCACCAAGUACAAGGCGCCGCCGCCGCCCGACGCAGACACGCUCUGCGCGCCUCUCUCCGCAGGAGUGUCGACCCUCCAGUCAUCAUCUCAGCAGUACUACGAGCAGUUCUCAUCCAACGUGGCAGAGAACCGGACGCACGAGGGACAUCUAUACAAACGGGGCGCACUACUCAAGGGGUGGAAGCAACGUUGGUUCGUACUGGACUCCAUCAAGCAUCAGCUGAGGUACUAUGAUGCGAUGGAAGACUCGCAUUGCAAAGGAUUCAUUGAUCUCGCCGAGGUGAUCACAGUGACACAGGCAUCGCCCGCGCCGGGACCGCCCAAGAAAUGUGAUGAUAGAUCCUUCUUUGAUUUACGCACAAGCAGACGUACGUACAACUUCUGCGCUAGUGACGCGACCGCUGCGCAGGAGUGGAUCGAGAAGCUACAGGCCUGUCUGCAGUGAGCACUAGUGCUGUACCACGGUAUUAGACAUCGAUGUAUAUCGAGAGUUCACGCUCACGACUCACGAGCUGAAGUAUCUGUCGAUAGAUAAGGCGGCAGUAGUAAUCGAUAGUAAUCGAAUGACGCGACUCGAUUCAGAGUUAUCGAUAUCGAGACGAAUCGAUUGUUGGAAAAAAUCGUUUUAAUACAUCUAAGACUCGAUAGAAAUGGUAUUACAAGACUAUUAUUUUUUGUUUUCAUAUUAAUUACAAGUUGAUUUAAAUGAAUAUUAUUCCGGGCUUAUGUUCGGCCGGGAACGUUGAACAUUGACAGUAGUUAAUUUAAUUUAUGAAGUUUAUUGUGUUGUCCUGUGGGGGGUAGGCAGAAAGCUUGGUAAUGUUUAAAUGGAUGUGUAGGGCUAUGAUCUCGAUGCGGUGUUAAUAUUGACUCUAUGGAUUGUUUUUGUGAGAUAAAAUGAUACAAUAAUACAGCUGUUAUAAACGAAUGGACUGCAUUGGAAUGGAUAGAUGUAGAUUGUAUAGAACAUUUUAAAAGAUCCAUCUAUUUGUUUAAGAACUCAUCAGAUUAUAACCUGAUUUCAAUGAACCCUUUGUAACAAAAAUACUCUGGAAAUAGAAACAAUAGUCUUUAGAAUAAUUGCCAAACGUACCAAAUAAAAUCGAUAUAUUUAGACUUUUAUAGAAACUUUAUUGUUUUUAGCGGCGGUCGGUUGAAAACGCAAUGAACAAGACAUUUUGGAUAAGUUCUUUUAACUCGUCGAGUACCGGUUUUGUAGACACAAUUAUAGAACAAUAGGUUGCGGUCACCGGUGACAGCUUGGUGUUUGACGGUUUAAUAUCAAAUCAUAAUCGUCUUAUUUGAGUACCUUGAAAACAUGUUACUCAUUCCAAGUAGAAAUAAAGUCAAAUACAAGUAUUUUACAAUCUCGUAAUGACAAUCUCACAAAAACAAUUCAACAAAAUAUACAUAGUUUAAUGAUAUCAAAAGUAUUUAUAUAAUAAAAUAAAAUAAUUAUUAUUAAUAAUAAAGAAUUAGUGUCGUAUGUUUCUCGUUUGUAAAUAAUGUAACGAUGACUGUUGUGUAAAGAGUUCGAUUCCAGUUUGUGUAAAGUUAUGUUGUUAGUUUACGUUAGAUGUUAUUUGUAUUGUUUUUUUGUAAUGCUUUUUUAUGACGAGGCGGCUUUGUGUUGGGACAUUGCGUUUUGGAAAUAUCAAAAUUAGAUUUCUGAGCAGUAUUUUAUUAAUGGUUAAUUUUUUUUUUGUUCUGAACCUUUUAGUAUGCAUUUAAUACCUCCACUGCCAAAGUCAAUGUAGGCAGAUGUUAGUGGAGGAUUUGCCUUCAAAAAUGUUCAGUCAGCACUUAAAGCUUACUACUUAAGAUUGUAAUGAAAGUAUAUGGCACACGGUAACACAAAUAUUUUGAUUUUAAUACAAAUCGCUUUAUGUGAAGACAAGAUUAUAUUUAUUUAUAAUUUAAUAACAAUUUAUCUGUAAACGGUUUUGUCUCAACACCGACGAAGCUACCUACGGAAUAUAAUUACACCGUACACAGCUAGCCAUAGAACGCUAUACUUAGUUCUAAUAAAUGUAAAGUCUAUAUAAUUAUAUAACGUUCGGGAAUCUCGUUCCAACCCCACAACUUGUUACAUACUCAUUUUUGUAUGAUUUGUAAAUAAGUACACGAUUUUUUUGUUCCACAUAUCAGGUAGGGGGCGCCACCGUGUAUGUACAUACAUAGCUCAUGUAAAUAUUAACGUUAUGUUUCUGUAAUUGCAUUUAUUAUCACGAUUGGUGGGUUAUGAGAGAGCGCUUACUGGUCUUACAACUGUGUAAUACUCAAAAAUUAAGAAGGAACCUUGAGAUUAACUUAACUUGAAUGCAUAUGUCGUUGUGUACAAGACCAGUUGUUAUUCGCGCAGAGAUUAUUGUGCCAAAUAUGCACAAAGUGCACAGUGUGAAGUGAUUUGUUCAUAAGCGAUGGCUUCAGAGCUAAUAGCAAUAUUGUUUGCCUUAUUUUGCAUACGAAGUACUGCUAUAUGCUUUGGAAUAGAGGCGACUGUGAAGUGGUACACAAGUUAAUGAACAAAACUGGAUUUUAAAAUCAAUAUUAUAAGGGUUAAAAGUUUAAAACUACUUCAGAGCUCGCCCAAGUAUAGUAGAAGUUAGCUUGGCUUCAACAAGACGUGACAAGAUGAAGCCUAUUGCUGUACGUGCAAUAUAAACAUGUUAUAUAAUUAUUCAAGUUAGCACUCAUUUGUCGAAUUAUGUGAUGUAAAAAUGACUGAUUUUUAUGUUUGGGAUUAGCACAUGUAGUCAUUAUUUUUCAUCGUUUUAUUGUAUUGUUAUUUCGUUGUUUCAAUGUACGGCAGUAGGCUGAGAUAACCCUGUGGCAGUGCACUCGCGUACCAUCAAAUAAAGAGAUUUUUAAAAUUGU